AUGUCUGGCGAAGCACAACAACCAGGAGGAGAACGUCCAUCAGCCGAGACAGGAGCUGCUGGAUUCACAGAAAAGUCACUUGAGUUUAUGUGUCUGAUGAUGGAAAAUAUGAAAGAGCUGCAGCGCAAGUAUCAAGAAGACCGAGAAGAAGGAGGAUCAAUCAGAGGGAUUGAAGUAGUUCGAUCUGGUGCUCAAGAAUUACCUCCUUUGCCUGCUUGGUCGUCGAAUCAAUCGCCACUUCAAUUGAGCGAUUGGCUGCUGCUCAUCGAACCGGUGGUUUCAGAUUUGACUGCAACUGCUGAAACCUGGUGGAAGACCCUUCUCAAAGAGGCCGAGGGUUGGUAUCAGUCUCAUAUGAAGAUGUCACCUCUUGAACGUCUCCAACAUGGACAUGGAACUCCACCUUCUUUGACACAGGAAAAAUGGCAGCGAUUGGAGCGACGCAUGUCCACGAUGAUGCUUCAAGCGAUGCCUGAACAAGUUCGUGAAGAGCUUGUGUCCACCAGAAGGAUGAGUGUGUUCUCCAUCAUCACACACCUCUAUGUGAUCUACUGUCCAGGUGGUAUCUCCGAAAAACAGAACCUCCUGAAAAACCUUGAGGAUCCUGCGGAAGUCCAAACAUUGGGAGAUGCUCCAAUGGCUUUGAGAAAGUGGAUCAGGUGGCGUCAGAGGGCCACCGAAAUCGGAGCGAUCACGCCUGAUCCUGCUCUUCUUGUUCGUGGGCUUUUGAGGAUGACAAAGAAGGUUUUGGAAACAAAUCGAGAACUACAAUUUCGAGUGUCGCUUGCACGUCAUGGGUUAGGCAUAGAUACGGUGCCGACCUUGGAGAGUGUGACGCAGUUUGCAAUGCACCUCCUCUCUGAGUGCGAGCAGUUGUCGCAAAUGGAGAAGAAGACCGUCCCCAACAACGCCAAGGUUGAACCGAAAGUGAAGAUGAUGGAAUAUGAGAAGGAGGAUACGAAAGGAAAAGGGAAAGGUAGAGAGAAGACAGCAGAAGAAGAUAGAGGAGAACGUCAGAAGGUUGUCAAGUGCAAGUUCUACCUGACUCCAGAAGGCUGCAGAAAGGGCCGUGAUUGCAAGUUCUCUCACACUGAAAAAGACGGAAAAAGGCGAUGCUACGUCUGUGGUGCGGAAGAACACUUGGCUCCUGCAUGUCCACGAAAGGGAACAGGUGAGGGAUCGCCUCCGAAGCAGAAGGGCGCAAAAGUUGAAGAAGGAGUGAAGACAGGUGAAGUAAAGACAGGUGAGGAGACAAAGGAAGAGUCUGAGACGAUGAAGGGGCUGAUUGAAGAAGCCAACAAGAUGCUCAGAUCACUCACAUCUCACUCGACUUCAUCUCCCAAUUCCUCUUCGGCAUCAAACAGAGAUGAAGACAGCCGAAGUGAAAUGCUGGCACGCCUUCAGGCUCAGCUCAAUUCCCUGAAGGUCUUCAAGCUUGGGCGCAUUGGCGCUGGUCUGGGUCGAGGUCUCAUUGACAGUGGGGCCACUCAUGCGUUGCGUCCAUCAAGAGAAGAAGAGGACACCCACAAGUUGAAAGAAGUUUCUGUCACUUUGGCAGAUGGCAAGUCCAUUCAGUUGCACAUGUCCCCAGGUGGCUCCAUGAUCACCUCAGACCAGAACAUUGAGCCGAUUGUGCCUAUGGGUUCUUUGAUCGAUGCCCUAGGCUGUGUGGUGUCGUGGUCGAAGGGAGCUCUUCAAGUCCAACAUCCAAUCCGAGGUCUUUUACCAGUUGAAGACUGUGGAGGUUGUCCACAGAUUCCAAGGAAGUUGGCAUUGGAGCUAAUCUCUGAGAUCGAAGACUGCAACAAAGGCGUCUCAUUGAAUCGCCUAGACAUAGAAGAAGAGCUUGGAUGGAUGAGAAGGCUUCUACAAGCUCACCCAGUUUUGUCUCGUCUUCCUGACUGGCUCCAAAAGAAGCUUGUGGUCCAGCCGGGAGAAUGGGAAUCUUUGCCUUUGAAUCGACGUCAGCGACGAACGUUGAAAACUGAGGGAUUUGCACUGCACUUGUACUCUGGAGAGGACUCAGGUCACACACUUCAGCGAUCUAUGAGGUGUCAAGGCAGUAAGACAAGGAGGCUUUUGGAAGUGGAUGUAAAGAAGGGGCAAGCGUAUGACAUGCUUGCUGACGAAGGGAUCUAUGCCACUCUCUUGCGAGCUGCGCUUUCAGGAAAGAUUCUGGCUGUCUUGGGUGGCCCGAACUGCAGAAGUCGAAGUGUGCUCCGACAUCGACCAAUUGAAGGCCAACCAUGGGCCCCCCGUCCAGUGCGUUGCUGGGAGGGAGGGGAAUUUGGAGCACACUGGAUCAACAAGAAAGAAGAAAAGAUGAUUCAAGAAGAUGACACUCUUCUUUGGCGAAUGAUUUUCUUGUACAUGAUUUCAGAGUAUGUCCGCAAGGCACAGUUGCGACCAGAUCCUGUUCACUUUGCGUUGGAACAACCUGCAUCUCCAAAGACUUAUCAACCUGCAGCUGUGUCGUUUUGGGACACCACUGAGUGGCAUGAUUUGAGAAAGGAGUUUCAGUUGAAGGAGGUCACUUUCAAUCAGGGAUGUCUUGGAGGUAUGGCAACAAAACCCACCACUUUGGGCACUACGUUUGAUUUGUGCUUGGAGGAUCACAAGAUGGGUCCUCUUCUACCUGCGCAACCUGUGGAAAGCUCAAAACAGUUGGAAAGAUGGGCACCUGGACUGAUGAACGCUGUCAGCGAAGCGGUCAUAACUCAGGUGUUCAAGGGGACACCGCAACUCAGGGCUCUCACCUAUGAAGAGCAUGUUGCUUUUGGUCAUGUUCCAUAUCGCCGUGACUGUCCUGUUUGCCUGCAAUCCUCCCAACAGAUCUUUCCUCAUCGACGAAACAAACAUCCACAAACAGGAGUUCUUGCUCUUGACACAUGUGGGCCUCUUUUACCAUCAAGCGAUGUUGGUGGCUGGAAGUGUCGAUAUUUUUUGGCUGGUGCUUACACAUACAUGGUUCCAAAGGGCACAGAAAAGAUGAUAGGUCAACCCGAAGAAGAAGGUGGUCUUGAAGAGGCACCAGUGCUUGAUCUUUUUGCCGAGGAGCCUGAAGGUGAUGACCAGGAAGCUGAUGAACAGCCUCCUGAUGGCCUCUUGCCAAGAGGUGCAGAACUUCCUGAGGAGUCCCGUCUUGAAGAUUCAGGAGGAGAAGAAGAGAAAGAAAGAGGAGAUAAAGAUCAAGAUGGUCAACAAGAAGCAGAAGAUGGUCCUCAAAGCGAAGAUAAAGACUAUGAAAUCAGAGUCUUCAAGAUGGCGCUCCCUCUGAGGUCAAAGAAGGCGAGGGAAGUCACAAGAGUAGCGAUGGAGAUGGUUCUCAAACUGAAGAUUGAUGGAUAUCAUGUGAAUCGUAUCCACAGCGACAGAGGCCACGAAUUCCUUGGGCUGGAUAAGAAGCCAGAGUUCCCCCGCUUUCUUCAAGAAGUCUUGGUGAGGAGGAGGAGGUGGAAGAAACCGGCGUUUGAGCCUAUGGUGGAAGUUGCAAGAUACCUCGGACCUGCACCCGAGGACAAUGGCCAUUGGAUCAAGGUGAACGAUGAAGCACCGAGAGUCACUCGAUGCUACAUGCAGAAAGCCAUAGAACGACCUGAAGAAGGAGUGUGGCUAGCCAUCGAAAGGGAGGUCUUGGAUGCUCUCACAAAAAGACGAAGGCUUCGAGAAAAGACUACAGUGCGUAGGUUGAAAAUGGAGGAGAAAGAAGAAGGUGAGGAUGAGGCUGUGAGAUUGGCAAAGAUGAGGAACAGGUUUACAAGAAUGGUCGAGGAGGAGACUAAGGCGAUGUUGGAUGAUUCUCCUGAAAUGAUCACAGAAGAGAUUGACAUCUUGGCCAAGCUCAAAAAGAUGCUUGACUCUCAUGAGAAGGGCGAAGAUGAUGAAGUCCUCCAAACGAAAAUCAUCUCCCUUCUUGAGGUCUCAAAGAACUGGAAUGAUUGGCUUCCGGCAGUGGAUGCUGAAGUCACGUCACUGUUAGAAGAGAAGGAAGCCUUCGAGGAGGUGAGUGGAGAAAAGUUGGAGGAGCUCUUGAAGGAUGCAGAAAAAAGGGGCAUACCAGUGGAGUUUCUCCCAUCAAAGUUGGUCUGCACAAAGAAGCCAGGAAAAAGAGGUGGCCGCAACAAGAUUCGAUGGGUCAUCUGUGGAAACUUCGAGCAGGUCAAAGAGGGAGAGAACACGUUUAGCUCUGGUGCAGAUGCCUCUGCACUGCGCCUUCUGAUCGUUGCGGCAUCAAAAUUCCAAUGGGAGGCUGGGACCAUUGACAUCAAAACAGCCUUCCUGAAUGCCACCAUGUGCCCUGAAGACCAGCCAAGCUUGUUGCUGGUCAAACCUCCUAUGCUGCUUUUGGAAAAGAAGUACAUGAAGCCAGGAACAUACUACAUGCCCAAGCGCGCGGUCUAUGGACUUCGCCGAUCACCAAAGCUCUGGGGUGAUUGCAGAGAUGAUGAAUUGGAAGUCAUGAAACUGGAAGUGGAGGAGGAAGAAGGUCAGAUGACAUCACUCCGACUCUGCCCUUUGGCAUCAGAGCCAAACUUGUGGAGGAUUGAAGCUGAGGAGAGUGAAGCUGAGUCUGACACUCAGUCGAACUUUGCUCCGCUGCCAUUGAAAGGGCUCUUGAUGACAUAUGUCGAUGACAUCUUGGUCACUGGAAGUCGAAAGGUGGUAGAUGCCGUCAUGGAAAAGAUCAGAACUAUCUGGACCACCUCAGAACCAGAUCAAGUAGGAGAAAAGCCUAUACGAUUCCUAGGCGUCGAGAUCUCAAAGACCUUUGAUGUCACCAAGAAUCGCGACGUUUGGUAUGUCAACCAACAGUCCUACAUCAAGGACCUUCUUGCGCAAGAUCAAGAAGCUCCAGACAGAAAGAUCCCAAUCACAAAAGAUCAGAGUCAACUUCCAGAGGAAGAAGGAAGAACACCAGAGCUGAUUCGUUCAGCUCAGAAAGCCACCGGUGAGAUGCUCUGGCUGGUGACACGCACCCGCUUGGACCUCAUGUAUGCUGUUUCAAAGAUGGGCUCUUGCGUCACGAAGGCCCCUCAGAAGGUCCUCCAGAUCUACCAGCAGAUCAAGGGGUAUCUCAAAAGUACUAUGGAUGAAGGCAUCUGCUUUGAUGCUGCUGGAGCAGAGACCUUGAUGAUUGAGGCCAUGUCAGAUGCCAGUUUUGCACCUGAAGGAGAUGUCAGCCACGGAGCCUUCAUCAUCAUGGUAGCUUCUUGCCCUGUUUUUUGGCGAAGUGGUCGUCAAAGUUUUGUGACGCUCAGCACAGCAGAAGCGGAGAUGAUGGAGAUUGUGGAGAGCAUGGUGGCUGGAGAAUCAAUUGGUGCCAUAGCUGAUGAGCUGUUUGGCCCUCUGCAGCGAAAAUCUUGGACAGAUUCUCAGUCUGCCCAAUCAAUUUUGACCACUGACGGAGGAUCAUGGCGCACACGUCAUUUGCGACUGAGAGCAUCAGCUGCCAGGAGUUCAAUCUUGCAGGGCACCUGGUUUCUUCAACAUGUCGCAGGAAAUCAAAUGAUCGCUGACAUUGGCACCAAACCAUUAGCUUCAGAAAGAAUCAGGUACUUGAAGAAGGAGAUGAACCUGGUUCAAGUACCACAACCGAAAGAGCAUGAGAAGAAAGAAGAGAAGGUUUUUGAAGAAAAAGGAGAAGGCGUAGGCAUUCAGAAAGCAGCAGCAGCAUUGAAGCUGCUCACAUUGGCUGCUGCGAUCUCAGCUGCCAAAGGAGAACAUGAAGAAACAGAAAAAGAAGAUCAGGAAAAUUCAACCCUCGAGCUCAAAGUCAUGAUGGUCGUUUUUGCGUUGAUCAUCGUGCUUCUCACGAUCGUGAGCCAGCAUUUGUGGAAGGUAGGAGUAAGGAGGCUGGAAAUGUCUUGGUCAAACCAAGCUGGAUCGUCUUCCCGAAGUCUCCCUGCAGGUGCUGCUGCUCAAAGAGAAGAAGAAGAAAAGGAAAAUGGUGGUGAAGGGAUGGCCGCUGUGGCAGGACAACUGUCACAGCGACCCACGUACCUCCCACCGGGUGGUGAAGGGAUGGCCGCUGUGGCAGAUCACACGCCGCAGCGACCCACGUACCUCCCACCAGGCGAAGGGUCUUCUUCGCCACUUGAAGAUUCAACCUCUUCAUCAGAGGACACUCCGUAUCGUCCAUUAGAUGAGCGCCACAUCCCUGGGUUCGACUUGGAUCGAGUCAUGCAGGAGAUAGCAGAUGAAGAAACCAACCUCUACGAGGAAGCACAGAGAAAUCCAGAAAGAUUCCAGAACUAUGAGAACAGCGAGGAAAGAGCUAGAGCAGCUUUCCAAGUUUUGACCACUCGGUAUGGCCGAGUUUAUCACUAUCAGAGCCAGUGCAGGUACCUGUCGUCUGUCCAGACAGGAGCCAAUCGAGAAUCUGCCUGGUGUCGCAUUUGCUGGGCCAUUACCGCUCAAACGCGUGGACCCCCACCACCAGGAGUUCCACUUUGGAUUGAUCACUGGGGUGGAGAUUAUCAUGUGGAUUCAAGAUGCCCACGCUGCGAUCCAGAAAAGAUGUUUCCAGCAUGCCAAGGAUGUGGUGAGAGCGCAGGUUAG